CCUUCCUGUAUAUCCGACCAUUACAGGAUCUAGAAAUGUCGACGACACUUUUAUCUGCCUUCUACGACAUUGACUUCUUGUGCAAGACGGAGAAGUCCCUGACCAACCUCAGCAGCAUGCUGGACAAGAAAGCCGUGGGGACCCCGGUGACCCCUCCCAGCUCCAGCUUCGCGCCGGGCUUCCUGCGGCGGCACUCGACCAGCAACCUGACGGCGCUGGCCGGCGGCUCCAAGUUCCCCAGCCCUACCGGCUCCAGCUCUUCUUCCACAUCCUCGUCCUCCUCGUCAUCCUCCUCCUCCUCCUCAUUCGGCAAUCUGAAGGAGACGGGCUCCGGCGGAGGCGGCGGCAGCAGCAGCCCCACGGCCCUGCUCAACAAGGAGAACAAGUUCCGGGACCGCUCCUUCAGCGAGAACGGCGAGCGCAGCCAGCACCUCAUGCAGCAGCUUCAGCAGCAGCAGCAGGCGGCCGGCAAGGGGAGCGGCUCCGGCGGCGGCGGCGGGGCCCCCAUCAACUCGACGCGCUACAAGACGGAGCUGUGCCGCCCCUUCGAGGAGAGCGGCGCCUGCAAGUACGGCGAGAAGUGCCAGUUCGCUCACGGCUUCCACGAGCUGCGCAGCCUCACCCGCCACCCCAAGUACAAGACCGAGCUCUGCCGCACCUUCCACACCAUCGGCUUCUGCCCCUACGGCCCGCGCUGCCACUUCAUCCACAACGCCGACGAGCGCCGCCCGGCGCCCGGCGGGGGCACGGCCGCCUCCCCGCCCGCCGCCGCGGCCGGGCCGCACCACCACCCGCACCACGCGGCCCCGCACCCCGCCGGCAGCACCGGCGACCUCCGCGCCUUCGCCCCCCGCGAGCACCCGCUGGGCGGCGGCGGCGGCUUCGGGCACCCGCGCGGCGGCGAGCGGCCCAAGCUGCACCACAGCCUGAGCUUCUCCGGCUUCUCCGCCCACCACCACCACCAUCACCCCCCGCACCCCCACGGCACCGCCCCGCCGCCGCCGCCGCCCGGGGGCCGCCUGGACGCCGCCCUGCUGGAGAGCCCCGGCGGUUCGCGCACGCCGCCGCCGCCCGCCUCCGCCUCCUACUGCGAGGAGCUGCUCUCGCCGCCCUGCGCCAACAACGCUUUCGCCUUCUCGGGGCAGGAGCUGGGCAGCCUCAUCGCCCCCCUCGCCCUGCACACCCAGAACUUCGCCGCUGCCGCCGCCGCGGCCGCGGCCGCCGCCGCCUAUUACCGCUGCCAGCAGCAGCCGCCGCCGCCCGGCGGGGCCUGCCCGCCGCCCCCCGCCUCGCCGCCCUUCAGCUUCCAGCCCCUCCGCCGCCUCUCCGAGUCGCCCGUCUUCGACGCGCCGCCCAGCCCGCCGGACUCGCUCUCCGACCGGGAGAGUUACCUGAGCGGCUCGCUCAGCUCCGGCUCCCUCAGCGGCUCCGAGUCGCCCAGCCUGGACUCGGGCCGCCGCCUGCCCAUCUUCAGCCGCCUCUCCAUCUCCGACGACUGAGGGAGCGCGGGGCGGCGGCCGGGGGGCCCCGCGGCGGCCCUGCAAGUAAGUUACCGAGCGAAGAAAGCGAAACCUCUCCUUCCUCUCUAUUUUUGGUUGGUUUUAUUUGAUAUAUCUAUCUAUCUAUACACCGAGAGCUGAACAAAACGAGAAACAAAGCAUUUUGCAAAAGGGCAAGUGACACGAACUGAACAAACCUAUUUUUAUAGAGAGACCUUGGAAGAAGGGGAUUUUUGUUUCGGGGUUUUUUUGUUGUUGUCGUUCUUUGGAGAAAAGUUAUGAUACGCACCAGCAGCAGCCAUUCCAUCUGUGUUCGAAAAAAAAAAAGAAAGAAACAAACAAAACAGCAUUAGAAAAGACAGCACCAGAAAGCAACAAACAAUCCGGGGAGCGCCGGUUCGCCAGCCCAGCUCCUCCAAUCCUGCAGACACGCAGAAAAAAAGUUACAAACUAGUUUGUCUUUCAAUCCAGUUCAAAUAAAAACACAGAACAUACUAAACCUAUAAGCUUUUUUUUUAGGAAAAAAAAAAAGAAAAAUCCAACAUCCUGCCAAGAAUAUGCCUUGAUAACAACCUUCUUUUUUAUAUAUAUCUAUAUAUUAUUAUUAAAUGCUAAAACCUUCAUUCCAAAGUUUAAUAUUGGUUCCAUUGCCACCACUUAGUGGAUGUUUGGCUUUUAGAACAAUUUUUUGUUGUUGCUUUAUUUGGAAGCACUCAACUGAGUUUAGUUUGUAAUUGUUGGAGAAUAACUGCUGAUUUUUUUUAAAUUUUUUUUAGCUGUUUGAGUUGAUUGCAUGUAUGAGUCACUGCACACAACUCAAUAUGAAACUAUUUAACUUAUUUAUUAUCUUGUGAAAAGUAUACAUUGGUAAUUUGUUCAUACUGUAUUUAUCGGGUAUGAUGAAAAGCAAUAGAUAUAUAUUCUUUUAUUAUGUUAAAUUAUGAUUUUCAUUAUUAAUCGGCAAAAUGUGGAGUGUGUUCUUUUCACAGUAAUAUAUGCCUUUUUGUAACUUUCACUUGGUUAUUUUAUUGUAAAUGAGUAAAAUUCUUAAUUUAAGAGAUGGUAUGUAAUAUUUAUUUCAUUAAUUUCUUUCUUUGUUUACGUAAAUCUGAAAGAUUGCAUGGUUUCUUUAUAGAAAUCGGUCUCGAUGCUGUGGAAGUAGUUUGCGGAAUUUUUUGGGUUUUUUUUAGAAUGUAAAUGGUUGUAGCCCGUCCGAGUUGAAAAACGAGAGAAAAGAAAAAAAAAAAGAAAAAAAAAGACUGACUUAGCAAUCAGACUUCAAAGUGGCAAAUCUAAUUCAGACUUGUUAAAAAUAACCAAAAAGUAUUUUUGUUGCCUAACUCCACGAAUCACACUGUGAUAUAGUCUCAAAGUAUGUAGCAAUAAUUGGGGGUCCCAGUAUUAUGUCUCACAGUGCCUUCUUGAGGGUCCACGCUUGCCUUAAAUAUCUCUCAACCAAAUAAGUAUUUUUCCUAAUGCUUGAGAUAAUUUGAAUGUAGGGAUGGGUUUUAAGUACAGCAAAAUUUCGCCACUAUUUUAUAAGAACAGAGGCCAUCUUUGGAUCUGAAACUUUCUAUAAUACAGGAACAUAUCUUGUUUAUUGAAUUCCAAAACCUGUAAUUUUUUUUUCCUUAUGUAGAAAGUUGGGAGUUUUCCAAAAGUUUCCUGGACGGUGGAUGAAUGAGCAGUAGCUUAGUUUUGUUUGUACAUAGGUACAGAUUGAGCACUAUGUACUCUUUUGGACUACUUUAACAGAAGUAUGUUUUGAAUGUAACUAAAGGAUAAGUCAACUUGAGUUGUAAUAUAUUUUUCGGGAGUCAGUUCACUACAGAUUAUGUGAGACUGUAAACUUUGUACUGUAAAUGUUUUGUAGUUCUCCCAAUAAAAUUUUUUGGAAAAAAAAAAAAAAAAAAUCAACAACCCCAGUAACCCUUCAAAGUGCCCUGGCUGCCAGGCAGGAGUGUUUCUUGCUGAACACCACCGCCCCCAAUCACAGAUAUGUCUAGCUACAGAUUAACCAGUUUGCACUGCCGCUCCUGCAGCCCUCGCUGGUCCCUGGCCAAAGUUAAUAAACGCUUCCAGAAGGUUCGGGAAUGUCA